AGAGAGAGAGAGAGAGAGAGAGAGAGAGAGAGAGAGAGAGCGCAAUCGAGCGUCUGUUGGAUGCAAUGGUACUUGUCGCCAGGACUACCUUGUCGCCAGGAGACUGGGCUUUUCUUUCUGUCCUGGUUUGAUAUCGGUUCCCGGUGUUAGGGAGACCUGAUCGCCUGCUCCGCAAUUCUCCUCUCACAGCGGGUUGAGUGUUCAUCACAUGAAAAGAAGAAAACCGAUCAGAAACCGCACUACACUGUCAUGGAACCGACCAAAGGAUGUGUUGAAGGUCGCUGGAUAGAGUGAUGACGCGGCAUUAAGGGACACACACACAGACAGUCAAGCGCACAGACAUACACACAGCUUUCCAAAGACAGAGAAAACAUCCAGGUCUGCUAUGAAGGUGCUGUCUCUUUCUGUCACUUGUGUGUGAGACAAACACACACACACACACACACACACACACAAACACACACACACACACACACACACACACACACACACACACACACACACACACACACACACACUGGGGAAUUGGCCACUCUUGGGAACGGGCCCAAACCAGGGCACAGAGAUGGAGCUCAUAUUACACUUUUACCAUCAGUAGCACACACACACACACACAAAUUCAGCAACUACAGGAGGUCUGAACGUGGAGGAAGAACACGGUCCAGACCUACAAGAACCCUCCCAGGGUGAAGCAAGGCCUGAAGAUUAGCAGGUGCCACCAAGAGGCCCUGCACCAGCCCAGCAUCCUUUCCCAGAGUGCCUCUGACGGCCCUAUGAAGACUGUGGUGAGCCAAUAAGAGAGCGUCCGGGCUUCAAAGGGAGUGAAGAAGGCUCCUACAGUUAGCAUCAUGAGCUGUAGGCUGGAGAGUCCCUCACUGCUCUAGCCCCUGUCCUCUCCUGUGUGUGCGUGCGUGUGUGUGUGUGUGCGCGAGUGUGAGACAGCGUGUAUGAGUGCGAGCGUGUGUGCGAUGGCGGUGUGUGUGUGGGCCGCGGCCCCCCUGCUGUUCCUGGGGCUGUGUCUGUGCAGCGUGGGGGGGCAGGCCCGGGGGGAGGUGCUGGAGUUCGGAGGCGUGUCGGGCCAGUGGGGCCGCUUCCCGGUGUGGAACGCCUGCUGCGAGAGUGUGCUUAGCUUCAGCCUGCGGACUCACAGCCAGGAGGGCCUGCUGCUCUACCUGGACGACGAGGGAUUCUGCGACUUCCUGGAACUGCUCCUGCUCCACGGCCGGCUCCGCCUGCGCUUCUCCAUCUUCUGUGCCGAGCCGGCGGAGGUCCAGUCGGGCGUGGCGGUGAGCGACGGACGCUGGCACGCCGUGCGCGUCAAGCGAGACUGGAGGAACACCACACUUGAGGUGGAUGGGAUGGAGGGGUGGGCAGAGGUGAAGAGCAAGCGCAGAGACAUGACGGUGUUCAGCCACACCUUCAUGGGCGGGGUCUCUCCGGAGCUGCACUCGUCCCCGCUGCGCCUCACCUCGCCCGCCGUCAGAGAACACAACCCUUUCCGGGGCUGGGUCACCGCGGUGACGGUGAACGGCUCGGCGACCAUGCUGGAGGAGUCGGAGGGCGUGGCCGUGAGCUCGGGGUGUGGGCCCGACCACGUGUGUCAGAACGGAGGUGUGUGCAGCGUUGUGAACGACCAGCCCAUCUGCGACUGCUCCCACACCGGUUACCAAGGCAACGACUGCAGUGAAGAGCACAGCUACAGCCCAGGUCUGGCUCACCUGAUGAUCGGCGACCAAGGCAAACUAAGAGCUCGAGAAGAGUACGUGGCCACCUUCAAGGGCUCCGAGUACUUCUGCUACGACCUGUCGCCCAGCCCCAUCCAGAGCAGCAGCGACGAGAUCACGCUCUCCUUCAAGACGCUCCAGAGGAACGGCCUGAUGCUGCACACGGGCAAGUCUGCCGACUACGUCAACCUGGCGCUGAAGAACGGUGCCGUAUCGCUGGUCAUCAACCUGGGCUCCGGGGCCUUCGAGGCGCUGGUGGAGCCCGUUAACGGGAAGUUCAACGACAACGCCUGGCACGACGUCAAGGUCACACGAAACCUGAGACAGCACUCAGGCAUUGGACACGCUAUGGUGACCAUCUCAGUGGACGGGAUCCUGACCACCACAGGCUACACCCAGGAGGACUACACCAUGCUGGGCUCAGAUGACUUCUUCUAUGUGGGGGGCAGCCCCAGCACGGCCGACCUGCCUGGAUCCCCCGUCAGCAACAACUUCAUGGGCUGCCUCAAAGAGGUGGUGUACAAGAACAACGAUGUUCGCCUGGAGCUCUCUCGACUGGCCAAGGUUGGGGAUCCUAAGAUGAAGGUGAGCGGAGUGGUGGCGUUCAAAUGCGAGAGCGUGGCCACUUUGGACCCAGUGACCUUUGACACACCCGAGUCUUUCGUGGCGCUGAGCAAGUGGACCGCCAAGAAGGCAGGUUCUAUCUCCUUCGACUUCAGAACCACCGAGCCCAAUGGCCUCAUGCUGUUCAGCCACGGGAAACCACGGCAACAGCAACACAAGGAUCCCCGCACGCCACCCACACUGAAGGUGGACUUCUUUGCCAUCGAGAUGCUGGACGGCCACCUGUACCUGCUGCUGGACAUGGGCUCAGGCACCACCAAGACCAGGGCCAUCGACAAGAAGGUCAACGAUGGAGAGUGGUACCAUGUGGACUUCCAGAGGGACGGACGAUCAGGAACCAUCUCGGUGAACUCUGUGCGUACGGCCUACACUGCUCCUGGAGACAGUGAGAUCCUGGACUUGGACGACACCUUGUACCUGGGGGGGCUGCCUGAGGACCGGGCCGGACUCAUAUUCCCUACUGAGGUGUGGACGGCGCUGCUGAACUACGGCUACGUGGGCUGUGUGCGGGACCUGUUUGUGGACGGGCAGAGUAAAGACAUCCGGAGGCUGGCUGAGGCCCAGCGCGCCGUGGGGGUUAAGCCCUCCUGUUCCAGGGAGGCUCCCAAGCAGUGCCUGUCCAACCCCUGCCAGCACAGCGCCAUCUGCAGGGAGGGCUGGAACCGUUACGUCUGCGACUGCUCCGGCACUGGCUACCUGGGGCGAUCCUGUGAGAGAGAUGCUACCAUCCUGUCCUAUGACGGCAGUAAGUUUAUGAAGGUGCAGUUGCCCGUGGCGAUGCACACGGAGGCGGAGGACGUGUCGCUACGGUUUCGAUCUCAGAGGGCCUACGGAGUUCUCAUGGCAACCACCUCACGAAAUUCGGCAGACACACUUCGCCUGGAGCUGGACGGGGGACGUGUUCGACUCACUGUCAACCUUGACUGUAUCAGGAUUAACUGUACUGCCAGUAAGGGACCAGAGACCAUCUUUGCGGGGACGGGCCUGAACGAUAACGAGUGGCACACUGUGCGUGUCGUCCGGCGAGGCAAGAGCCUCAAACUCACCGUUGACGACCUGCAGCCCAUUGACGGUCAGAUGGCGGGUGACCACACCCAGCUGGAGUUCCACAACGUGGAGACGGGCAUCGUCACGGAGAAGCGCUUCAUGCCGGCCGUGCCGUCCAACUUCAUUGGGCACCUCCAGGGCCUCACCCUCAACGGCAUGCCCUACAUCGACCUCUGCAAGAACGGGGACAUUGACUACUGUGAGCUGAAUGCCGUCAUCGGCUACAAGAGCAUCGUGGCCGACCCAGUGACCUUCCGCUCGCGCUCCAGCUUCGUGACCCUGCCCACGCUGCAGGCAUACUACUCCAUGCACCUGUUCCUGCAGUUCAAGACCACCUCACCCGACGGACUCAUCCUCUUCAACCGGGGUGACGGGAAUGAUUUCAUCGUGGUGGAGCUGGUCAAGGGUUACCUGCACUACAUCUCUGAUCUGGGCAAUGGGGCCCACCUCAUCAAAGGAAACUCCAACACGCCCCUCAACGACAACCACUGGCACAACGUCCUCGUCUCCAGAGACACCAACAACCUGCACACCGUCAAGAUCGACACCAAGGUCACCACCCAGACCACCAUGGGGGCCAAGAACCUGGACCUGAAGGGUGACCUUUAUGUAGGGGGCGUGGCCAAGGAGAUGUACAAGGAUUUGCCCAAGCUCGUUCACUCCCGGGAGGGGUUCCAGGGUUGCCUGGCAACAGUGGACCUCAACGGACGUCUUCCUGACCUGUUGGCGGAUGCCUUAGCAACCACGGGACAGGUGGAGAGAGGCUGUGAAGGCCCCAGCACCACCUGUCAGGAGGACUCCUGUUCUAACCAGGGGGUGUGUCUGCAGCUGUGGGAGGGCUUCAGCUGCGACUGCAGCAUGACGUCAUUCGGAGGGCCGCUCUGCAACGACGCUGGUACCACAUACAUCUUUGGCCGUGACGGGGGCAUGGUGGUGUAUACGUGGCCCCCUAACGAGAGGCCCAGCACGAGAGCUGACCGCCUGGCGUUGGGUUUCAGCAGCCAGCAGAAACAAGCCACGCUGCUCAGGGUGGACAGUGCCACGGGCCUGGGAGACUACCUGCAGCUGCAGAUAGACAAGGGCAACAUAAGGGUAGUGUUCAACGUUGGCACGGACGACAUCAACAUUGAGGAGAGCUCCAAGUUUGUCAACGACGGGAAGUACCACAUCGUCCGCUUCACCCGCAGCGGAGGCAAUGCCACCCUUCAGCUGGACGACCUGCCCGUCAUCGAACGCUACCCCUCUGGUAACAAUGAUAACGAGCGCCUGGCCAUCGCCAGACAGCGAAUCCCCUAUCGGCUCGGUCGAGUAGUUGACGAUUGGCUACUCGACAAAGGUCGUCAGCUGACCAUCUUCAACAGCCAGACCACGGUGCAGGUGGGAGGGGGGGGGCGCGGUGUGGGGAUGUUCCAGGGCCAGCUGUCGGGCCUCUACUACAACGGCCUGCGCAUCCUCAACAUGGCCGCCGAGGGACACCCCCACAUCCGCGUGGACGGCAGCGCCCGAUUGGUCGGAGACAUGCCCUCCUCCUCCAUCACCCCGCAGUCGAGCGCCGCCGCCGGCAACCGCUCGGACUCCGCCCCUUCCAUCAGUGACAUCACGACCACAACAGCAACCAACCGGAAACAGGGCACUACCCUACAGUCAACAGAUGACCUGCUGGUGGCGUCGGCGGAGUGUCCCAGCGAUGACGAGGACAUCGACCUCUGUGACCCCAGCUCAGCUCGCCCGCCCCUCCCGGAGGUGAAGCCCUUCCCGGGGACGUCUGACGUGGUGCGUGAGAGCAGCAGCACCACAGGCAUGGUGGUGGGCAUCGUGGCAGCGGCCGCCCUCUGCAUCCUCAUCCUGCUCUACGCCAUGUACAAGUACCGCAACCGCGACGAGGGCUCCUACCAUGUGGACGAGAGCCGCAACUACAUCAGCAACUCGGCCACGCAGCCCAAUGGCAGCGCCAAGGACAAGGCUCGCGCCAAGGACAAGCCGCUCGGCAUUGCCAAGAUCUCCAAGAACAAGAAGAACAAGGACAAGGAGUACUACGUCUGAGAUGGCGCUCGCUCACACACACACACACACACACACACACGCUCACACACACACACACACGCUCAAACACUUCUAUAUUAUGUGCUAUAUAUAUACAAACAUAGACAUAUAUAUAUUCAGAUGCUCGACAAGGUACACAUU